AUGUCGAACGCUGAAGCUGGAACAGUGCCGCAGAUGGCGACAAACUUCAAGAAAUACCAAGAGCAGGUGAAUGGGAUUCUGCAGACGUACGCCACGGCGCAGGAUGAUGCUCUUUUGAGCGGAUUCUUGACGUUUGCGCACUCCAAGUGCAUCAAAUAUGUGGAAGAAGCAGCAGGAAAUGAGGAACCGGAGCUGGCACAGCGGGUGAUGGAUUGCUGCUGGAAAAACGUACACUAUCCUAUUUUGAAAUGGUUUCAAUUGUGGCGUCAGCACUUGCUUACAGUUAAAGUGGACCAGAAACCGCGGAUCGUGGAAUUGCGCAAAAUGAACGCCAAGCUCACAAAAUUCUUCAAAAACAUCCAUAAGUUCUAUUAUGGGGUUCUGGAGAAGCUCACGUCCGAGUUUGACCUGCGUGAUAUCGUUCCAGAACCUCUCUUGCGGCAACUGAAUGUACAGCAACCCAAGGCGGCAGCAAACAGACUCUUUUUGCACAAAGACGAUCCCAAGGCUGUUUCAAUGAUGUUUUUGAUCCACGGCUGUUUGCUCAACUUGGGAUCGUGCCACCGUUACAAAAGCAUGUGCGAAAAACCCCAGAAUACCAAUGGAUCGCCAAGUUUAGCACAUUUCAAGAAGUCCAUGCGGUAUUUUGAACUUGCCACUCUGGUACUCCCAUCGGUGGGAGAACUGUACCUGCAAGAAGGUUUGGUUUACGUGCAUGUCAAGAGCUACGGUUCCUCCACCUAUUCUUUUGCGAGAAGUGCUUUAUCGCGUCUUCCAAGCAGUGCAGGUUUCGGGAAUUUCAUGAACUCCGUGUGCGAACGCAAUAGCAAGAUAUUCAAUGACAUAGUGGAGAGUUUCCAUGUUGUUCACAAGCAGGCCACGAGGGGCCAAAUUGUCAAUCGCGAAAUUAUCGAGACUUAUUUUCUGGUCUUAUUUGGCUCGAGAUUUGCGCCUGCGUUGUGGAUUGGCAAUGAUCAGAAAAACCUCAUCAGUGAAGUCAUGCUUUCCCAUGUACAGCAGGAAUUGAUGCAUAAGACUGCAACAAGGUAUUCCAAAAGCUUACAGCUGAUUUUCCAAAAUCUGGUUUUGAUUAUAGCGGGUUUCGAAAUUCUAAGAACGCUUAAUCGAAAGAGCCCAGAUCUGCCACAAGCGCAAGCGAAUGAAGGCAAAUAUCUGGAGUUUGCUAUGGACUACAUUAGCAAUUUCAUCAGCAGUGCAGUUACAACGGAACUGACAAAUGAAAAGGAGUGGGUAUAUCUGGCAUUUGUUCGUGUUGCUGAGUGUUGGCUAAUGGCGAACAAGAUUGUGUUACAUUUUGCUCAUAGAAAUACAAAAUUUUGUGAGACUAUGAUGCAUUUAAUGAACGCGAUCCAAGAGAAGACUGCUUGCCGUGAGCUUGAAAGUAAUUCAAAUCAUAGACCUCACCGCCCCUACUACUUUGAAGAGGAUGUUAUUUUACGAGAGUUCAAGCCAUUGAGAUACUCCUUAUCCGAUUUCAAAGAUUCUGAUCUUUUCAAUGCGAAGGACUCUUCAAAGGCUUUGAUUGGAAUGGUAGACAAGAAGCUUUCCAAAAAAGAGGAGCAUUCGUUGAGGCUAAGCGCCAUCGCGGUUUCGGGCAAAAAGUUUCUGUUAAAAAACUCUUGUGGAAUUCAAUUGAUGGACAAGAAAUUUGUCAGAUCGGCUAUAAGAACAAGCGCAGGGCAACGAUUGAAUAAUGGAACUGAAAGUGUAUUGAAGUCUUUGGGUGGUCCCGUGCUAUCUUCACGCGAUAUCGAAUCCGAGAGUCAGUCGGCUCAGGCUGCAAAAGCAGGCGGCUACAGUGGUUCUUCAGUGCCAUUAGCGCCAGCUACUUUGGAAGUUAGGCCAAGUGUGGAUUUCACCAACCGCAACCCAGCCAAAGGUGAGACCCCAACAUCAAUCUCCUCUAUAAGGCCAGUGCAAGUUUUUACUGGUAGAUCAGAAGCUUCAACAAGCUUGCAAUCAAGCUCUCCCUCCCCUUCAGUUGGCGAUUCGAAUUUAAGAUCCUCAGCUGCACCCUCUCAUGAGAUUCCUCAGAUGCCUUCGGGAAACAUGAUGAGCAGCAUGGUCCCUGGACCUCCUAUUCGUGCUCCUCCGGGCAUACAGGUAGUUAACCCUAUGCUUGACUCUCCCGUGUUGGGAAAUAAUACCAACUCAACUUUUCAGAUUCCCUCCAGCUCACCUCAAGUCCAAUUUGGUCAACCCGCUCACUCUCCAGCCCCAAUGGUUGCAGCUUCUACACAUGAUGCUCAUCAGACAUACGACGUUCCAUAUUACGUUAAUGGGCCACAACCAAUGAUGAACAACCCCUACAUGCAAUAUUGGCCACCUGCCUACCAGCCGAUGAUGUAUAAUGGUCUUGGUCGGCCAGGCCAAGGCAUGCCUCUCCCUCAACAAGCAGCAUAUGUGCCACAAGCGGGGCCACAGAACCAAGCAUAUUCGGGAAACUAUGUUUAUCCACAGUACUGA